GCCUUGUAGAAGUCCCUCUUGUAUUCAAAAGAUAGUAAAAAAUUAAUAACCUGAAAUGAGUUUAUAAAUGUCUGGAUUAUUUUUUUAUUUGUUUUUUUACAUUUCAUCAAAAUUUAAAUUACAUUUUAAAAAUUAAAUGUGUUCAUGAUCAUUUAAAAUGUUUAGUUAAUCUUUUAUGAAUGACUGGUGUAUCAAAAUCUUAUAUUUAACCAUUGACAGUUGUGACUUUAGAAAGUUAAACAUUACCAAACGUGUUAAAAGGUGUUUGUAAAUGUUUACUUUAUCCUUAUUUAAGCAUUUGUAAAUGUCAACUAAAGCACUUUGUGAUUCUAUGUCAGUGAUAAAUGCUAUAUAAAACAACCAGCAGCCGGCAGAGUCCCGGGAGAUAUCAGUGGCAAGUCCACAGGCCCGCCCGCAGCCUCCCACCCCCCAGCCGGCCGAGCCCGGGACCCAGCAAACCGGGACCCAGUGGCGACCACCCCCGCUGGGGUCCCAGCAGAGCCCAGGGAACCAGAUCCCACCAUGCAGCCACCGGGAUUGAUCAGGCAGACGCCAAAAAUCUUAAACCCCCUGACCCGGGAGCCAUGAACACUCAGGCAGACCAAGGGACCACACUCCACACCAGGUGUGGCAGGGGGAGGGGAGACAAAGAUGUAUAGCAUCAAAAGAAGUCCCAGGAGAAGGGAGGAGUCGAAGGCCCCACCUGACAUAUACAGUCAUACACAAAAACAGUCACACACUCCCUCCCUCAUGCUCACACAUACACAUACAACCAAAGACUUACAAAAAUGCACGCCGGACACCCACUCAUGCUCCCCAUUCACACCCUAUUCACUCUGGUCCCGGUACUGCUGCACAUGGGGUACAACCAUUACCGGUUCCCAGAGUUCGACCCUUUCUGCUGGGGUGAACAGGCUCCCCCGCCCAACGCUGAGCAAUGCAACCCACCACCCCAGACCCCAACCAGAUGGCCAGAUCUCCCUCCUUCUAUUUCUAAUACUAAAUAAUUAAAAAGCAAAUCAUGAUGCCAUCUUUUAAACAGGCUGUAUAUAAAAAUAAGGCAUGACGUCUUCUUCCAUUAAACCAGUUGUACAUGAAAAAAAGGCAUGAUAUCUUCCUUUAAACCAGGAGAGUGGAUGAAAUAACUUAAAGUGCAAUUAAGGCCUGGUACCUUCCUUUAAACCUGAAGAUUGAAUGAACUAGCCCUUGUGCAGAUCAUCAAAAAAAAUCAAGAAUUAAAAUAAAGCAGAUCUGAGCUUACAGUUACAAAUUCUUUUUGAUGAAAAUAAGGGUGUCUACACUGUCUGGGGAGAGCAUGGACCUCUUUGCAGUCACUAUGUCUCCUGCUGUUGAGAAAACCCUCUCGCUAGGCACUGAAGUAGCAGGCACAGCUGGAUAGUAUUUUGCCAUCAUGACAAUGUGAGGGUAUUUACCCUCAUUGAUUUUCCACCAUUCCAGUGGAGCCAUGGAUUGUAGAAUCCUUGUUUUCAGUGGCAGGAUCAUGGAAACAGAUGGACCAGUUUCAGUGCUCAUUGGUGCGGUAACCAUUUUGAGGGGUUUGAGCACCUGGAGGACCUCCUCAUCCACUUUCACAUCAUCAUCAGACAAAAUCACAUUGUCUCGGACAUUUUUUUCAGGGUCUUGUCUGUUGGUGCAGAGUACACAGCUGCUUGCUGCUCAACAUAACGCUGUUGUGACAUCAUGUAUGAGCUUAUGAGUAGGCAGCUGUAGCCAGCCCCAACAUAAUUCUCAACUGGAGUGCCACCACAUCCAGCGAAUAAUCCUCAGCCACCAGGAGAUGUCCUCAGGGGUAUACGUGAAGAGGUCCACUCAGUAGGGAGCUUGAGCUGAAAGAAGUGUGGCAUAAAUGGGGCCGGAACCCAAGAACAUACCUUAUGUUUUGAAGGUUUCCACUCACAGCCAUGAGGUGGAUCACAGUUGAGGUUAAGUGCAUCUGGAAAGUAUUCAUAGAGCUUCACCUAUUUCACUUUUUUGUUUAUGUUACAGCCUCAUUCCAAAUUGGAUUAAUUUCAUUUAACCCAUAAAAUGCAACACACAACACCUCAUAAUGAUAAUGUGUAAAGAGUGUCUUUGAAGUUGUUGCAAAUACACUGCUCACAAAACUUAAAGGAACACUUUAAAGAAACACAUUAGAUACAUCAGAUCUCAAUAUGAAGUUGGAUAUCUAUACAAAUAACAACAGGGCAAUGUCUUAGGAACAAAAGGAUGCCAUGUCUUUUAAUGGAAAUAAAAGUUAUCAGCCUGCAGAGGGCUCAGUUGUGUAGACACCCUAAAAUUGGAGUGAAAUGAAGAUGUGGCAGGCUAGCCCAUUAUUUCAAAAACAAUUUCUGCUACUCAAAUUGCUUUUCAGUAUCUUGUGUGGCCCCCACGAGCUUGUGUGCAUGCUUGACAACGUCGGGGCAUGCUCCUAAUGAGACAACGGAUGGUGUCUUGUGGCAUCUCCUCCCAGAUCUGUGUGAGGCCAUCCCUGAGCUCUUGUACAGUCAGAGGAGCAACCUGGUGCCUCCUAAUGGACCGAAACAUAAUGUCCCACAGAUGUUCUAUUGGGUUUAAGUCAGGGGAUAGUGAAGGCCAUUCAAUUGUUUCAAUUCCUUCAUCCUCCAGGUACUGCCUGCAUACUCUUGCCACAUGAGGCCGGGCAUUGUCGUGCAUUAGGAGAAAACCAGGACCUACUGCAUCAGCGUAGGGUCUGACAAAGGGUUCAAGGAUUUCAUCUCUAUACCUUAUGGCAGUCAGAGCACCAUUUCCUAGGCAGUAGAGGUCUGUGCGUCCCUCCAUGGAUAUGCCUCCCCAGACCAUCACUGACCCACCACCAAACCUGUCAUGUUGAACGACGUUGCAGGCAGCAUAACGCUCUCCUUGUCUUCUUCAGACUCUUUCAUGUCUAUCACAGGUGCUCAGGGUGAACCUGCUCUCGUCUGUAAAAAGUACAGGGCACCAGUGGCAGACUUGCCAAUUCUGGUGUUCUUGAGCAAAUGCCAGUCGAGCUCUACGGUGCUGGGCUGUGAGCACAGGGCCCACUACAGGACGUCGGGCCCUCAGACCAUCGUCAUGAAGUCUGUUCCUGAUUGUUUGGGUAGAGACAUUCACACCAGUGGCCCUCUGGAGGUCAUUCCUUUGGGCACGAGCAGUGCUCAGCCUGUUCCGCCUUGCACAAAGGAGCAGGUAUCGGUCCUGCUGAUGGGUUGUGGACCUUCUACGGCCCUGUCCAGCUCUCCGAGAAUAACCGCCAGUCUCCUGAAAUCUCCUCCAUGUUCUGGAGAUUGUGCUGGGAGACACAUUAAACCUUCUUGCUGCAGCACAUGUGGAUGUGCCAUCUUGGAGAAGUUGGACAACCUGUGCAACUUCUGUAGGGUUAAGGAAUCACCUCAAACUGCCAGUAGAGAGCCAAAACUAGCACGAGUGGAAAACCAGCCGAAAAAGAUCAAGAGGGAGAAACUUGAAAUGACCUCUACAUGAUAAACCAGUCCUGUUUUGAGGGUUUUGUAAUUGUUGCCAUUUUAGUGCACCUUUCAUUGAGUCCAUGAUCACCAAUACAGCUGAAAGUGAUUAACAAUGCCCUCAGCUGCUUAAUCAACCAGGAAAUUAUCAGACAGGUUUAAUUGAUUUCAUGCCAGGCCCAAUAAAAAAGUGUUCUUUUAAUUCGUGUGAGCAGUGUAUAUUAAAAAUAAAAAACUUGAGAAAUCACAUGUACGUAAGUAUUCACAGCUUUUGACGUGAAGCUCAGAAUUGAGCUGAGGUGCUUUCUGUUUCCACUGAUCAUCCUUGAGGCGUUUCAACAGAUUAAUUGGAGUCCACCUGUGGUAAACUAAGUUGAUUGGACAUGACGGAAAGACACACACCUGUCUUUAUAAGGCCCUUGAGUUGGCAGUGCAUGUCAAAGCACAAACCAAGCAUGAAGACAAAGGAACUGUGUGUAGACCUCUGAGACAGGAUUGUCUUGAGCCACAAGGCUGGGGAAGGUUACAGAAAAAAUUCUGCUGCUUUAAAGGUUCCUAUGAGCACAGUGGCCUCCAUCAUCCGUAAGUGGAAGAAGUUUAGAACUACCAAGACUCUUCCUAAAGCUGGCCAGCCUUCUAAGCUGAGUGAACGGGGGAGAAGGGCCUUGGUCAGGGAGGUGACCAAUAACCUGAUGGUCACUUUGUCAGAGCUCCAGCAGUCCUCUGUGGAGAGAGGAUAACCUUCCAGAAGGACAACCAUCUCUGCAGCAAUCCACCAAUCAGGCCUGUGUGGUAGAGUGGCCAGACAGAAGCCUCUCCUUAGUAAAAGGCACAUGGCAGCACGCCUGGAGUUUGAUAAAAGGCACCUUAAGGACUCUCAGACCAUGAGAAACAAAAUCGUCUGGUUUGAUGAGACAAAAAUUGAGCUUUUUGAAAUGAAAGCCAGGUGUUAUGUUUGGAGAAAAUCUGGCCCCGCUCAUCACCAGGCCAAUACCAUCCCUACAGUGAAGUAUGGUGGUGGCAGCAUCAUGCUGUGGGGAUGUUUUUCAGCGGCAGGAACUGGAAGACUAGCCAGGAUAGAGGGAAAGAUGACUGCAGCAAUGUACAGAGACAUCCUGGAGGAAAAGCUGCUCCAAAGCGCUCUUGACCUCUUGGGGCGAUGGUUCACCUUUCAGCAGGACAAUGACCCUAGGCACACAGCCAUAAUAUCGAAGGAGUGGCUAAAGAACAACUCGGUGAAUGUCCUUGAGUGGCCCAGGCAGAGCCCAGAACUGAACCCCAUUGAACAUCUCUGGAGAGAUCUGAAAAUGGCUGUGCACCGACGCUUCCAUCCAACCUGCUGGAGCUUGAGAGGCGCUGCAAAGAGGAAUAGGCAAAACUGCCCAAAGAUAGGUGUGGCAAGCUCGUGGCAUCAUACUCAACAUGACUUGAGGCUGUAAUUGCUGCCAAAGGUUCAUCAACAAAGUACUGAGUAACGGCUGUGAAUACUUAUGUACAUGUGAUUUCUCAAGUUUUUAUUUUUAAUAAAUUUGCAACAACUUCAGACACUUUUCGGUAGGCAGGCAUACAUUAAAGCUCUUCAGCAAUUGGUCACAAGAGUGACGUUGUUCCAAUAGCAGCUAGCUUAAGGGCUAAGACUAGACGAAAUAGACAAUAAGCUACUAAUGCAUAUAUACAGCUGCAUGGUGGUGCAGUUGUUAUCACUAUUGCCUCGCAGCAAAAAGGUUGCAGGUUCGAAACCCGGCUGCGAUUUUUCUGCGUGGAGUUGCAUGUUCUCUCCAUGCUUGCCUGGGUUUCCCCCACAGAUCACAACAUGCCCUAACAAUUGUUUGUUGCUUUGGAUAAAAGUGUCUGCCAAAUAAAUAAACAGAAACAUACCAAAGACCUUUGCUGAUGUGCAGGUAAAACAAGUGAACUUGGUCUUUAUCCAAA